GUUUUGCGUCUGCUUACCCACAAAAAAAGUUGUGAUCAUUUAGUGAUGUACGUGUGAAGUUUGAUCAUUUAGAAAUUCAGUUUUUAGUUAAUAUGUAAGAAUCCAAAAUGAGCAUAUUGCUAUAAUUAUACAACUUUAAUUCAAUUACGCUUUGGAAUCACAUUAUUGUAAGGAUCAUGAGCCAAUACCAUGACAGAAGUCCUGGCCCUAUUCCAAGAAGAUGGUUAAAAUGCCCUCGAAAGUCUUCAAAAUUAUUAGGUGAUAAAUUUUUAGCAUUCAAAACCCCACUGGAUAGUAGAUAUGAUGACCAAGUACCGGAAGCCGAUAGAUUCCCCCCAUCCAUGCUCUUUCUCUCCAUGAAAAGCUAUAAGAUUCAAAUAGGGUUAUGGGUAGACUUAACAAAUACAAACCGCUUUUACGACCAAAAUGAAAUAAAAUAUGCCCAAGGAGAGGAUAAAGAGGUGAAAUACUUCAAACUCCAAUGUCGAGGCCACGGAGAGACUCCCUCUGAGGAACAGACUCAGUUGUUCAUUAAAGUCUGCAAGAACUUCAUCAGCAAGAGUCCUCUAGACAUAAUAGGUGUUCACUGUACCCAUGGUUUCAACCGGACCGGGUUUCUGUUGGUAGCAUUUAUGAUAGAAGAGCUCAACUGGGGAUUGGACGCAGCGAUACAAGAAUUCGCCAAAGCCAGACCCCCAGGUAUUUACAAACAAGAUUACCUGGAAGAAUUGUUUAAACGUUAUGACGAGGUCCAGUACACUCCAGCAGCGCCUCCACUCCCAGAUUGGUGCAACGAAUCUGAUGAGGAAGAUGAAUCUACUUCGUGGAAACCUCAAAGAAGAAAACAUGAGGGUGGUGACUCAUCUGACACCAGUGGAGGUGGAAAAAAUAAGAAGAGACGCCGGGAAGUAAACAACAAGAAUCCAGUGUUUAUGGAAGGAGUGCCAGGCAUACAUCCAGUCCUGGACCAGCCAAGACUUGGCAAAAUACAGACAAUUGUGCAGCAGAUGUGCGGAUGGCACAAGUCAGGGUUUCCAGGGUGCCAGCCAGUUUCCAUGGAUCUACAAAACAUAAAACUGCUGCAGAAAAUGCCUUACAGGGUGUCUUGGAAAGCAGAUGGAACGAGAUAUAUGAUGCUGGUACUCAAGGAGGGGGAGGUCUACUGUCUGGACAGAGACAACAGUGUGUUCCAGGUGGAGGGACUUAGGUUCCCACACCGCAAGGCUCCCAACCGUCAUCUUACCAACACCCUGCUGGACGGGGAAAUGGUGAUAGACAAACAUGAAGGCCGCAACAUCCCCAGAUACCUUGCAUACGAUAUCAUCAGGUCUGACGGAGUUGACUGUAUGAAAAUGAAAUUCCCAUUACGACUUAAAGUCAUUGAGGUGGAUGUUGUGGGCCCCAGGAACAAAGCCAUCACCGAGGGCAGGAUCAACAAGGAAUUGGAGCCGUUCAGUAUAAGAAUGAAGCAGUUCUACCCGGUCACCAAGGCUGGCAGUCUACUCGGUGAGAAGUUUGCGAGACAGCUCUCACAUGAACCGGAUGGCCUCAUCUUCCAACCAGCCAAUGAUCCUUACAAGACUGGGCAGUGUAUGGAAGUACUGAAGUGGAAACCGGCCAGUCACAAUUCUGUGGACUUCAGACUGAAAAUUCAAAGAGAAGGUGGAGAAGGAUUAAUUCCAAGUCUGGUUGGUCUCCUGUAUGUAGGAGGACUGGAUGCACCGUUCUCGAAAAUGAAAGUCGCUAAAGUCAUGAAGGAGUUGGACGGCCGAAUAAUUGAGUGUAAAUUCGACAAAAAUGCUUGGGUCUUCAUGAGAGAACGGACGGACAAGUCUUUCCCCAACAGUUUUACAACUGCACAAUCUGUGUGCAAUUCUAUACAGAAUCCGGUAACGACAGACAUACUUCUCAACUUCAUCGACAGACAUGCAUGCCGAGACGACGAUGACGGAAUGCCACCACCUUCAUUCAUCCCAAGGAGAUAAGAGAUCAUCUUGACUUUGUUUUUAUUUCUGAUUUGUAUUAAUUUUAUUUAUUAAUAUAACGAUACCCCAAA